AUUUGAUUUCGGCCAGUACGCAGUUUUUAAUUUUCCCAAUGAUAAAAUUUCAACUAACGCAAUAAAUUUUCUAUUCAAUUCGCAAAUAACUGACAAGCUCGCUGAAAUAUCGUCGUAUUGUGUUUAAAUUUUUGUUAGCUGUUUCUUGUUUGUUGUGUUUCGUUCAAGUUAGCAGCGGUAGCAUGGAGUGCGCUUUUGACUUGAAGCCGCUGUUCGAGAAGGACAUCAUCAAGGUGCGAUCGGACCUGCUGCCCGAGGGCUUCGUGGGCAGCCCCGAGGCGUGCUGCGAUGCCAAGCGCAAGCUGGGCUGGAUCAUUGACAGGAUCGGGCUGCUGUCGGCCCAGGCGCAGGGCCUGCACACAUCGGUGACCAGUGCCCGGCAGAUGAAUGGCAAUCAGACGAUCUACCUGAUGGCCGGCAAGGCGAAGGAGGGCGGCAAGCUCGUCGUCACCGGCCUGCUCAAGAUGGGCCCCAAGGAUCUCUAUCUGUUCGACGAGCGCGGGCAGCUGCGCAGCCGCAUCGGCACUCCGGCCGUGCUCGACUUCUUCGUGCACAGCGCCCAUCAGCGCCGCGGCCUGGGCAAGCGCCUGUUCGACAAUAUGCUGCGCGACCUCGAUCUGACCCUGUGCAAGUGCGCCGUGGAUCGCCCGUCGGCCAUGAUGACAGCCUUCCUGGCCAAGCACUACGGCCUGGUGCGCACCAUCGCCCAGGCCAACAACUACGUGCUCUACGAUGGCUUCUUCGGCAACAGCGAUGCCGAUGCCCAGGACAUACCCAACACCAGGUUCGUGCGACGCCCGCGGGCAGCCGCCAAGCCCGAGCUGGAGCACAAGGUGCUCAGCAUGGCCGAGAUUAUGGAGGCGGGCAAUAGGCAUUCGCGCGACAGCAGAACCAUCAUCAAGCGCAGCGGAGAUAGCAGAAGCUGGCAGUAAGGAUGCCGCGGCUUUGUGGAGACAGACGGCGGGGACGGACCGUGGGGGCGGACAGUGGGGCCGGACGAGGGGCGGGACAAGGGGACGGACAGGGGAACGGACAAAGGGACAGAAAUAGACAGAAUCGCUUAAGGAUAACAAU